AUGAACAAUUUGCUUAUGUAAAUAAUUAUAAAAUGUAAUCUAGUCCGUUAAAAAAAAAGUUCAAUCUCACUCUAAAUACGUCAAGAGGAACUCGGGCUUCAUUUUAAGAGUCUUGUACUUCCAAGUCUCCUUUUAAAUGUAAUACUGAUUAGAUAAUAAAAUGUAAUCAACUUGAAUAGGAAUUACAUAGAUCAAAUUAGCAAAGAAAAUUGUUAGAAUUAGAAUUAGAUGAUUUAAAUAAUCAAUAUAUGAGGAAAUCAACUGCAUUACAUGAAUGUGAAAUGGAAAACCUUUUAUUAAAGUAAUAAAUUUAAGCAAUUAGAUAAUAGUAAGAAAUAUAAAAAUUAUCAUACACUUACAAGUAAUUAUUUAUUAAAAGCAGAUAGAAAAACUAGAACUUUUUAGAAUAGUAUCAAAAAUACAGAUGUAUGGAAAAAAAAUUGGAAUAUGAAAAUAGUUUAGAAUAUUAAAUAAGACAAUUAUAAGAAUAAAAUGAAUCAAUGAAAUAGUAGCUUUUAGAAAUGAAAUUACAAUAUAAAAUAAUAUAAGAUAAUUAAUAGGAAAUAAAAGAGGAAAGGAAUUCAUUUUAUUAAAAAUUGGUUGAAACUUAAACAAAAAGUGUAUCAAAAGAUGAUAAAAUAAAAUAAUUAGAAAAUGAUAAUAAUGUAUUGUAAAAUCAAUUAAAUGAGAGUAACAAAAAGUUAUAAGAUUAAAUCAUAUAAUUAAAUAAAGUUUAAGAGAAAAAAGAAAAAUGGAAAAUUCGAUAUAAAAAUUAUAAGAAUUAAAUAGAGUAUUAAUAAGUAAAUAGCAGAAAAUCAAGUGAUUCUUAAUAAGUAUAAUAAAUAAUGAAUAUUGGUUCUGAUUAAAAUAAUCUGAUUGAAGAAUUGAAUGAAUUAAAAGAUAAAUUACAAUAAUUAGAAGUUGAAAAUUAAUAUUUGCGUGAAUAAAAUAUAGAAAUGUAAACCUAAGUUUAGCUAACUACUGAUAAGUUACUUAAAUAACAAUUAUAAAAUUCAUUAUCUAAAGAACAAAGCUAAGCAUUUUCAUUCUAACACUAUAAUUAAGAUUAUUAUUAAUCUAAUUAGGAAUAAAUGGAACAUGAAUGA